AUGAAUACGCUUGGGAUCAGCAAGUUAAGCGAACGCUUGCGUCGCCAUCAGCAACCUACUCUCCGAGAAGAACCGCCUGCGUCAACCGCCGUACUGACGACGAGGCAGUCUUCUACCGUAGUCGCUGCCCUGCGCAACAGUAGGUGCGGGCAGUGCAGGAGGCCUGGACAAAUCUCAAGGCCGGGGAGAACUCGGGGUGCGCGGACCGCAACGAAUGGUAAAACGGCUUCGCCACGAUCAAGGCUGUCUACGGUCACACAGUUGCUGAGAGCACGCAAAUUCUGAAGCGGUGGACCAAACACUUCAGAGGCGUCCUCAACCGCCCCCCCACUAUCAUCGACGCCGCCACCACCCGUCUGUUUAAAGUGGAGACCAACGGGGACCUCGACCUCUAGCCCUCUCUCCACGAAACCAUCAGGACCGUGCAGCAGUCCUCUAGCGGGGAAGCACCCGGAUCUUAUGUUCUCUGUCGUGCGAUAGACGCCUACCGCGACGAACGCCCCUGGAUCCGUAUCGCCUACAGGAUGGACGGCCACCUGAAUCAACGGUGGAUGCACUUCCAAUCGCGCUUAUCCACAACCACCGUUCACGAACUUCUCUUCGCCGAUGACUGCGCCCUCAAAAUCCCCUCGGAAGAGGACAUGCAAAGGAUCAUAGACCUCUUCUCUGCCGCCUGUGGGAGCUUCGGUCUGGUCAGUAACACGGAGAGGACGGUGCUCAUGCAUCAACCGCAACCCAGCACAGCCCCUCCGCACGAUGCGCCGCAAAUCAGCGUGAGCGGAACCCAACCGCAAGUGGUGAACAACUUUCCGUAACUGGACAAUACCCUUUCCCGCGGCACCAAAAUUGACGGCGAAGUAUCACGCUGGAUUUCGAAGGCCAGUCAAGCUUUCGGCUGUCUUCAAUGCACAGUUUGGAAUCCUCACGGUCUCCAACUCAGCACGAAACUGAAGGUGUACAAGACCGUCAUCCUCCCGGCGCUGCUGUACGCAGCAAAGACUUGGACAGUGUACGCGAAGCAGCCACACCGACUCAACCACCUCCACCUCAGCUGUCUUCGCCGCAUACUGAGGCCGAGGUGGCAGGACCGGAUCCCAGAUACGGAUGUACUGAAACAGACGUGAAUCCUCCCCAUCCACGUCAUGUUUCAACAAUUGUAACUGCGCUGGCGCGGCCUCAUCGUGCGGACGGACAAGGAGCGAAUACCCGAACAACUGUUCUAUGGAGAUGUCGCCAUGGGUUCUCGUCGACUAUUAGGCCAAGUCCGACGUUAGAAGGACAGCCUAAAGGCCUCCCUGAAGCGCCUGCGAACCAACCCGGUCAACUGGGAAGACUUUGUCCGGGUUCAACCGACCUGGAGGAGAACAUCAAAGACUGGCGCAGCAGUCUUCGAAUCCAACUGUGUCACGACCGCCGAAGCCAACCUUGAAGCUCGCCCAAUCUUAACGCCCCCCACCUUGAAACGUCAACGUUCAACCGACCCCAACCUGUCACCGUGUCAGCGGACGUUCCGGGCACCAGUCGGUCUUAUUGGACAUCUUCGAACCAAUUUCAUCACCCGGGCGACGCCACCUAACGUCCUUCCAUCGACCUCUGCCUCUUCCCCCCAUCGACAGUCAACACUGACGUCCACUGCCAUCCUCUUCCGUCACCUCAACAUCCGUUGCGGCGUCUCCUGUACCUUGAUCCAUUGCAAGCGAUUCUGGCACACUGAUAGACGUCAACCUCGCCGUCUUCAACACCAGCGAUUUAAAGUGGGUCUGUGGCAGUCCGCGCCUCCAUGCUCUCCACCGCCUUCUCAUUCUGCCCGCAUUUCCGCCUCACACUCUGUCGAUCCGCUGCUGGGAUGUGCAAGAUUUGUCACUAGCCUCUGUGUGCCAAUCAAUGCCGCCCCGUCUCUGAUGCGUUGGUUGGCCGACAAUGAGUCAGAGCGAAAGGCACACGCACCUGCUGGAGUCGGGGUACCUCAACGGCGGAUACGACACAACUUGCCUGGAGAGACCGUUCACGGCAAAUGCUUGCAGAGUCUCUGUGUACACACUUUCUCAACGGUAAACGUUGUCAAACUCGGUCCUUCUUUCCUGGUUUCUGAUUUGGGGACAUCCGUCUCGUCUACCACACCACUUUCUCUUUAA